GUGACAAUAAAUAAUUUUAUUUGACACCUCUGCAUGGAUCUCGAUUGUUUUUAGAUUUUUCAUUUCCAAUAAUUAUUCAGCAAUAUUAGUUAUUUUGUUUUAUUUACUAAUGCUAUGACAAAUAUUGAGGCUUUAAGCCUCUAUCAAUAUGGUUCUAAAUGCCGCUGUGCAAAUGCUAAGGGAGGCAGAUGAGUUGAAGCAGAAGAUACUGAAAUUCAAAAGUGGAACAUCAAUGCUACAGGAACGCAGUCUCUGGGCUACACAACAGCAACUACAAAAAGUGUAUCAAAAAGUGUUAGUACUAGACUUGGACUAUGCCUUGGACAAGAAAGUGGAGCAGGAUCUAUGGAACAUUGGCUUUAAACAGCAGAUUGAGGCACUCCAAGCCAUAUCUAAAGACCGAAAGAACCCUCUACGCAGUGAGGGCCAGGCUAUGCUGUCAUGGGUCCUGCAAGCUGCGGCCGGCUUCUACCUGUGUCUACUGCACCAGAUCUGUACCACAUUUAAGCUAGAUCUGCCAUUUAGACGUCGCGCAUCCCUGCUGGGGUUCGUGGAGGGGUGGGGCGCGGGCGCGGAGUGCGGGGGCGGCGGCGGGGGCGGGGUCGGGGGAGGGGCAGGGGGAGCGCGGCUGCCCCCCCCCGCCGCCGCGCGCUACAUCUGCCAGCACUGCCUCGUGCACCUCGGGGACCUGGCCCGCUACAGGCAGCAGCUGCGGCAGGCGCAUACAUUCUAUAGACACGCGCUGGUGGUGUCGGCGCACUCGGGACAGCCGUACAACCAGCUGGCGCUGCUGGCGUGGCGCCGCGGCCGGCGGCUGUCGGCGCUGUACUGGCACGUGCGCAGCCUGCUGGUGCGCGCGCCCUUCCCGCCCGCGCCCGCCAACCUCGCGCGCACGCUGCGCGCCGCCACCGCCAGUUGUUGCAGCCAGUCGAGCAUGCCGGUGCUGCCGGGGCUGCGCGGCCGCGACGCUGCGCCGGCGCCGGCGCCGCUGCGGCUCGACGCUCAGUGUUACGUGGCCGAGCUGCUGCGCGCCAUACAUCUCAUACAUACUGUCGACGACUUGGAGACGGCUACGGCGAUAGUGAAAAAUCUCAACUCUUCGUUGACGGUGCUCGUCGCGACCGACAGCUUCGAACCUAUGACCCUUAUCAAGAUGGCGUGCGUCCUAAUCUGGCUGGUUCAUUCGUCGACUGAAGACCUUAAACUGCAGCCGUCAGCAUUAAGUCCCUCGGAAGCUAGCGCCGUCUCGCUCGCGCACGAGCUGUGUGUAGCCAACGUUCUCGCUCUAACGCUGCCUGCGUACAGCGCGCCGCCGCCUAAGGAUAGCUGUUUACCUGCAUUAAAAGUGUGGCUAUCCUGGUUGACAACACAAUCUGGCGUCUUGUCCAACGCCGAGUGGUCGGCUAAACCUGCGCUGUGGCCAGCUCUAGUGCACACCCUCACUCUACUGCAGGACGACUGUCUGGACAAGGACAGCUACGACACAGUGCCGCUGCCAGAGGACGAGGAGCUACAUGGAUUCCUACCUUUAGAGGCCUCGUUCAAAGGGCUCCGGUUCGCUAACUACGCUUGUUGGGACACGUACGGUGGACGGUUACCCGAUCUCGACGACCAGGAUAAGGAGAAUGAUGCGGGCGCACACGGGUCGGAGUGGCAGCGGCGGGCGCGCGCGCGGCGGCUGCGGGCGCGCGCGCGGGCGCUGGCGGCGCUUUGUCCCGAACACAUCUCCUACACGGAAGAAAAUGGCGUGGUGAGGUUCCGGGCGGGCGCAGACAGCGCGGACGCGGCGCUGGCGGAGCUGCAGCGCGCGCCUGCGCCUGCGCCUGCGCCGCCCAGGGUCAUCUCCGAGGCUGACUUCCGGGAGAAAGUUCGUGAGAAGCGCGUCGGCAUUCUCAAACCGCAAGGAUCUCUGGAACGCGCGAGAGAAGAGAGAGCAAUGGCAACGCAAGACGAUCUGGAGCCGGAAUGUGUUGAAGACAGCAAAAUCGAGGACAAGAAAGAGGCGAGGAAGCCUCGUGUGAACAUUGCAAUGGCCGCCAUCAUGCGGAAGCAGGAGGAGACCAACAAACAGGUGAAAUUCGUGACGCCACCCACCACGCCGGACUCUGUCGCGGACGCAGAAGAGACGGACGAGAAGCCCAAGGUCAUUCAACCCAAGCCGAUGAAGUCGCUCGCCAAUCUGCCCAUCGGAAGGAAAACUGGAGGAAUUCUCUCUCUGAAAGACAAAUCUGCGGGUUACCCACACUUAGUUAACACAGACCCAGAGCCAAAGAAAGAGAAAGAGAGGGAAGAGAAGAUAGAGAUAAAACCUCAGGCAGCCAAUCAGAAUUCGCAGCAGCAGAAGAGACGGGAACAUUCGCCGAGCCAACAAAAUUGGGGACCGAAUAUGGCAACACAGACCUAUAAUGAGCCGAGGAUGAACUUCCAGAAGAACUAUGGUAUCCAGAACACUAACAUCAGUUACAACCCUAGUUAUCAACCGACAGGCAUGGGCAACAAUAUCAGACUGCCAGUCGUCAACCCGAAAGAGAUAGACGUCAGAACGGCCGCGUUACAGAAACAGAACUCCCGCCAGGAGCUGUUCCAAGAUGGCCACAAGUUCAACCAUAACUACCAAAUGUCCGGUGACAAGAAAAACUUCCUCAACGACCUGCCCCCGCGCUUCGCCAACCAGUACAAGUACUGGCAAAGUCCACAGGACAACGAGAACCAAUUCCGAGAUGACACGUUCAAAAAUCAAUCGUUAUUCAAUGAACAACCUAAUUGGGUGGCUCCGCGGGAGAACUACCAGCCGCCGUGGUGGAAGCCAGAGGCUUUCAAUAGCAAUUUUUCAGCGCCAUCUAUGAAUUUGCAGUCGAACUUUUACUCGCCCUCGAACGUGCAGAGUUAUCAGAAUCUGCCGUAUAACCAGGGACAAGCGGUUGGGCCGAGCAAGGAUGCGAUGAUGGGACAGAAUUAUAUGCAAUCCACCAUUGGUCAACCUCAACUCCAAACCAUGCAAACCCUAGUGACGUCUCCUAGCUUCAACUCCUCAUUGAACAGCUUCGGCAACUACCCUGCUGUGGGCUACGACUCCGCCAUGUACCCGCAGUUCAACAAGAUGCCCUACCAGCAGCUACCCGUGCCCAAGCCACAGAAUUAUCAGAAGGAUCUGGAUAACAUGCCGUUUGGGUCUAUGGAGCAGAGGAAUUUGAACGUUAACGAGCCACUGAAUGAGCCGUUGAAGAUGGAACAGAUUGGGCAGGGGCGGCGGGCGUACUCGCUGUUCAGCGCAGCGCCCGACGGCUGGGGCGCCGCCCACAAGCCGCACCAGUCUCUAUGGUCCGGGCCUGGCCCCUCGCCUCUAGAGCGGCUGCUGGAACAGCAGAAACAGAUAAAGCAGCCCCCGCCCCCGCAAUGAUUGGCGAACACCCGCGACGACUGGCUACCGACGACUGUGCAGUCCUGACUGUGAUGUUAAUGAAAUUUUUAGUAGCAAACGUGAAAUUGAGGGGAAAUGGCGAUGUUUCGAUUUUGUUCCGCUAGGUGGCGCUGUCGAAACGUGAAAAUAAUUCAAUGAAAUGUGAUAUAAAAUGUUAUUUUUUUAUAAAUAUUGACGCAAUUUUUUAUAGGAUUUCAAAACAAUGUUUUUUGUCAAGAAAGUGAAGUAAAUAAAUGAGCAGGCGCCAGUCGGCUGGCAACACUGGGCUUUUAUCAACCAAUCGUGACCAUUUUACUUGGUUAUAGCAAUGGCAAAACAAUGCAGUCGUUAAAAAUCCGUUUUUCUUUACUUUCAUGACAGAAUGUGCUUUGCGCCACUAAUUGAACAAAUGUUUGUGUUUAUCGCCAUUCUCUCCUAAAAAAGAUUUUUGUCAAAAUGUUUACACUUUGAUUUUUUGCCAUAGAGGGAAUAUUUACAGAUCUCUCCGGCAAAUGCAAAAUGUUUCGAUCUUAGUACAAAAAAUACCACCAUGUCAUAAUAACGCCAAGUUCACACGGAAAUAAAAAAAUCCUCGAGCUGUGAAAAUUAUCUUAACUUGUCGAUGUAAUUAUUUUUUUGUGAUAAUUUCAUAAUAUCUGUAUACAUAUUUCGUGCUUACUGUUUUUCUCAACCUUGUUAUUGCGAAAACCAUUGUUUGGCUGAAUGAUUUAAAAUCGUUUACAAUCGUAGAAUUCAAAAGUGAUGUUCGAUUGUUUAAAGUUUCAUAAUACUGCAAAAUAUUUAUUUGCAGUUUACUUUUAUGAAUCGAAUUCGUGUAAACUCGGCGGUAUUAUAAAAUCUGGAUUGAGAUAAAAUUGUUUUUUCGAAUUGCUUAUUAAAAUAAUUUUGCUAGUUUCAAAAGACAAGUUUAAAUAUAAAUAUUUUGUGUUUGAACGUUUGAUGUCGUGAAAAUGAAGAUACAAUACUUCGAUACACUUUAUAACUAUAGUCAUGUAACUGAAAGUUUUAAAUGAAAUCGGACCCAUAUUGUAUGUAUUUAUCUGUUUUCUUGUGUAAAUUGUUUUGUCUCUGGUAAUUCAAAUCAUUGUUCUUUAUACUUUCUUUCUCAAAAUUAAACAGUGAAAUAAAAGAUAUAUCCAACGAACUGAUUGCACGUAGUGUGGAACCUUAGACAGAAACAUGGUAACGAAAGCACGUUGCGCCGAAAAAAUAUAUCUCGGAUACCUUUCUUACGUUUUCCUGAUUGUGUCAAAAAGAUCUGAAUUUACCGAUUUAUAAUUUAAACUUAUCUAGAUUUUGAAAAAACCAAAAAACAUUUUUUGGCCAAACGUGCUUUCGGUGAAGUGUGUUUCUGUAAACUGUAGUCACCUCUGAUUUAUAAGUGACUUGCUAUUGUUAAAACAAAAAAUAUAUACAGAACGAGAAUUUUUUUUUAUGAAAUAUAAAAUGAAACUAAAUUUAGGUGCCGAUUUUCGUGAACACUCAGAUAUUUAUUUAAAAUUGUAAAAUAACGUUAAACUUAACUAUUACUUGUUGUGUUUUAAGUGAACUUAAAUUGAAGCAAUUAUUGUGAAACAAUAUUUUGUAAUACAACUAUUUUUGUUAACA